AUGUCAUCUCCUCCUGCAACUGUACCAGUCACAUCGUCUGAACAGGCUACUCAGACAUCUCCACCAGUUGCAGAUGUAAAUACCCCAGAGCAACCACUUGCGCCAGCUGCUCCCCACCAACCUGAACAAGAAACAGUAAUCGACGAUGAUUCGGCAUUGAGCACAGGAGUUGACUCAUCGACAGCAUCUGUUGCUUCAAGUAUUUUAGAGUAUCGAAAGUUCAAGGGAAGGUCGUACCAUUCUACCUACCAUGAUAGUAGCUAUCCCAUUCCCACUGACGAACAAACUCUCGAGAACUUUGAUCUGAUGCACCACUUCUUGACACUGCUUACUGACGAUAAGCUGUAUCUGGCACCUGUAAAGGACGAUGUUCAGAAAGUGCUAGAUGUUGGAACGGGAACAGGAAUUUGGGCGAUAGACUAUGCUGAUGAACACCCCAAUACCGCUGUCAUCGGUACAGAUUUAUCCGCCGUACAGCCAGACUGGGUACCUCCUAAUCUCAAGUUUGAGAUCGAUGACUGCACUAAGCCUUGGACUUGGGACGCAAAUACCUUUGACUUUGUGCAUAUGCGUUACUUGUUUGGUGCUAUCAGAGACUGGACCGCUCUCUUCAAGGAGGCAUACAAUGCAGUCAAGCCAGGAGGCUGGGUAGAGCCCUGUGAGUCAGAACCAAUGACACAUAGCGACGAUGGAACCGUAACAGAUGACGGAUCAACUGCGCUAGGAGGAACCUGGGAUAAGAUGUUCAUCGAGGGAGGCAAAGCCACUGGAUGCUCUUUGUCUGUCCUCACGGAAGAUCUUCAAAUGAAGGCUAUGAAAGAAGCUGGCUUCGUGGAUAUCCAAGAAACCUUCUACAAGGCAAGUUAA